CCCUACGACCCGAUCCCGAUCACGUGACUCGCUGCGGCUGCUGCUGCUGCCCGGCCGCUCAGAGUCAGGAUGGUGCCGGGAGAAAAUGGCGGAUCCCGAGGAGCUGCGGAAUAUGGUAUCCCGUUUUCGAGUUUCGGAACUCCAGGUACUGUUGGGUUUUGCUGGCCGCAACAAAAGCGGCCGCAAGCACGACCUUGUCGUCCGGGCGCUCCAGCUGCUAAAAAAUGGAUGCAGUGCAGCUGUUCAGGUUAAAAUCAAGGAGCUGUAUAGAAGGAGGUUCCCGAGGACAUUAGAAGGCAUCUCGGGCUUGUCCUCCGCCAGAUCGAACGUCUUAAACUUGGACAGCAACUCGUCGGCGGAUUCAGACCUUGCCGUAGCCGGAGUCCACUCUGUACCUUCUACAUCCGUGGCUCUUCACUCCCCUGCUUCUCCUCUAGGCGCGGUUCUUCUGCAGGAUACUAAGCCUCACUUUGAUUUGCAGCCACUGUCUACUCCAAUUCCACCAGUGUAUCCAGAUGUCCAUCUCCAAAGUCUUCCUUUCUACGAUGUCCUCGAUGUCCUCAUCAAGCCAACCAGUCUGGUUCAGAACACUACGCAGAGGUUUAAAGAGAAAUUCUUUAUCUUUGCAUUAACUCCCCAGCAGGUGCGGGAGAUCUGCAUCUCCAGGGAUUACAUGCCUGGAGGGAGGAGAGACUAUUUAGUGCAAGUGCAGCUGAGGUUGUGCUUAGCAGAGACGAGCUGCCCUCAGGAGGAUAACUAUCCCAGCAGCCUGUGCAUUAAAGUCAACGGGAAACUCUUUCCUCUGCCGGGAUGUGCCCCACCUCCAAAAAAUGGCGUUGAACAAAAGCGACCUGGCCGCCCGUUGAACAUUACGUCUCUAGUUCGACUCUGUACUUCGGUGCCCAACCAAGUGUCCAUCUCCUGGGCCUCAGAGAUAGGAAAGAGUUAUUCCAUGUCCGUAUACUUGGUGCGGCAGCUGACGUCGGCAGUAUUACUGCAGAAGCUAAAGAUGAAAGGCAUCCGGAAUCCGGACCAUUCCCGAGCGCUGAUAAAGGAGAAGCUGACGGCUGAUCCGGACAGUGAAAUAGCCACGACCAGCCUGCGGGUCUCGUUGAUGUGCCCUCUUGGGAAAAUGAGACUAACGUUUCCUUGCCGAGCGGUCACCUGCACGCACUUGCAGUGCUUCGACGCUGUGCUCUACCUGCAAAUGAAUGAGAAGAAGCCCACCUGGAUCUGCCCUGUCUGCGAUAAGAAGGCCAGCUAUGAAAGCCUAAUAUUAGAUGGGCUCUUCAUGGAGCUUCUCAAUCAGUGCUCAGACGUAGAUGAGAUCCAGUUCCAGCAGGAUGGGUCCUGGUGUCCUAUGAGACCAAAGAGAGAGCCGGCGACCUCACCAAGCUCCCCAUAUUCACACAUUGAAGGGUCUGGAGUUAUCAGUAAGAUGUACACUGUCAGAGAGCCCACCGAGACGAGAAGAAAGGCGGAGGUUAUAGACCUAACCAUCAGCAGCUCUUCCGAAGAGGAGGAUGAGCCGCCGGCCAAGAAAUGUCUCUACGUGCCGGAUUCCCAGGGGAUCCCGCUGAAAGGGGUGCUGGCAUAUCAGCAAUCGGCAGCUAUGUUGGCGAAAAUGGGCAGUGCGGCGGCGCUACACCCCUCCAUACUGGACUACUCUAAUCCCUUCCGUCACCCCGCCAUCUCCGGCCUCUCCGCAGAGUUACCAGGUUUGGAUUUUCUCUCCUUGGUUCCCGUUGAUUCUCAGCAGUACUAUCCCCCUAUGUUUUUGGAUAGUCUCAACUCUGCUCUCCCAGCCAGGCACGCUCAUGGCAAAGCCAAAACCUCGAGCAACCGCCGUGAAACCAGCGCUAACAGCGAGUCGGGCAAGAUCACAGUUAUAAAGGGGCGCCAGCAGCAUUAAGGAAGUGGACAGACCCAGGCGCCUCCGUUAGCCUCUCACGACCAUUGUUAUUUGUUGUGGACAGAAUACGACCUCAGCGCGCGCUGGGUCACGUCUAUUGUUUGGUGCUCCGAGAAAGUACCCGUUCCGGAUGGACGUUUUGUUUGUUUGUUCUGCAAGUUGCACAUCUUCAGUUUCUGUAAAUAUGUCUCACUAAAAAGAAAUUAAUUGUAAAUAAGUAUUUUUAUAGAGAUAUUAUCUUAUAGCCCCUGAUUUAUUUUGGAAACCGGAUUACACGAUUUGCAUGUUUUUAUUUUAAUUACGCCAUGUAGCACAGGCCACUUCUACGUCUUCAAGUGAAGAUUCCGCCAUCCAUCUGCUAUGUUGCUACUUGGCCGAGGCAGUUAUGGGUGGGGCCACCAGCACAGUAGGUGUGGCUGUUACUGAAAGGGGCUGGGCUAGACGUUAUGACAAAGUGAGUCGGGUCAGUGUAAUCCUGCAGACAUCGUUGCCUAAACAUUGGGAUCUGCGUAGAGUUGUUGCACCAAACAAUGGAAUGUUUUGUUUAGGUCAGAAAAAAAAACUUCAUUUGGCGUUUCUAAAGCACAUCCCCCAGUGGUAUCUGAUCAAAUGUUUUCUACUUGUUACAGUCCACAUUGUUCAGGACUGUUGGCUGCUAUGUUCCGUUUACUGAUAAAGUUUUACACAACUCA